GCUGCCAUCUUGGUCGGAGCUGACUCCGGCUCUGCAGCGACACGACUUCCCAGGAAAGUUUAAACAUUUCGCGUCUCCGCUCCGGCCGCUGCUGAGCUCGACGUCUCAAGGCUCUUCCCGAAAGGACGCACACUUUCCCCCCGCGGGGAACACGAGGGACGAGGCCAACCGGUGCGAGCAGACGGGAGGAAGGGGGGGGUCGCGGGAAGGCCACGGAUCUCCCGGUGGGAAUUGUUUAAAGUGUCAUAUCGGAUCUUUUCGAAGCAGUCCGAGUCGCCGCUCGCUUCACAAACUCAGCCACCAUGAGUGGACACCCGCAGCAGCGGCGGCAAGCCAACUCGGGCUCCACGCUUCUGUCAGCGCAGCAGAACGAGCUCCUCUUCCAGCACCUCGGCAGGAAAUGCAUCUCAUUGUCCUCAGCAGUGGCCCAGGUGUUCGUAGCCGAUAGGAACUCUAGCUGGAGCAAGAAAUGCGGCGGGGUGGCCUGUCUGGUCAAAGACAACCCGCUGCGAUCCUACUUCAUCAGGGUCCUUGAGCUAAAGGAUGGCAAAAUUCUGUUUGAACAGGAGCUGUACAAUAACUUCAGCGUCAACACCCCAAAACCCUACUUUAUUACAUUCGCUGGAGACACAUGCCAAGUGGGUCUGAACUUUGCCAGUGAAGAUGAGACCAAGCGUUUCUACGGCCAUUUGACAGAGCUGGUGGGGAAAAGACAGAGAAAAACCGAGAAGAGACGUGACCCUCCAAAUGGUCCCUCAUUGCCCAUGGCAACAGUCGACAUCAAGAACCCGGAGAUCAGCAAUGUGCAUCGUUACCAUAGCAACUCUCAGGUGAACAACAUUGUGCACUCCGCCUUCCCCAAGAGGGAGAAGAAGGUCAAGGGCAAGAAGAAGAGGCUGACCAAGGCGGACAUCGGCACGCCGAGCAACUUCCAGCACAUCGGUCACGUAGGAUGGGAUCCAAACACGGGCUUUGAUUUGAAUAACUUGGACCCGGAGCUAAAGAACCUCUUCGACAUGUGCGGCAUCUCCGAGGCUCAGCUGAAGGACAAGGAGACCUCGAAGGUCAUCUACGACUUCAUCGAGAAGAAAGGAGGCGUGGAAGCUGUGAAGAACGAGCUGCGGAGACAAGCUCCUCCACCUCCUCCAUCCAGAGGUGGCCCUCCUCCCCCACCCCCACACCACAGCUCGGCCCCUCCUCCCCCUCCUCCUCCUGCACGAGGGCGAGGUGCCCCGCCGCCACCUCCUCCCUCCAGAGCUCCCAUCUCCACGCUCCCACCUCCCCCUCCAUCUCGGCCGGGCAUGUCCGCCCCACCGCCGCCCCCCCCUCCAAGCCGAGGUUUUCUCCCGCCUCCCCCUCCGCCGGCUCAUGCCUCAAUUCCUGUGGCCCCGCCGCCACCUCCACCUCCUCCGCCCUCGUCCUCGACUCCAUCCGGUGGAGGCGCACCGCCUCCCCCGCCUCCUCCUCCCCCACCACCUGGCCCUCCACCCCCUGCUCCUCCGGCGCUCCCGGAGACGCCCUCAACCGGCACGACGGCACUGCUGAGUCAGAUCCGAGAGGGCAGGCAGCUGAAGAAGACUGAGCAGAAAGAGAGGCCAGUGUCCAACGUCGGCAGAGACGCACUUCUGGACCAAAUCCGACAAGGAAUCCAACUUAAAGUGAGGGACGACAACACAGACUCGCCUCCUUCCAGCCAAGGUCCCUCGGCAGGCAUCGUAGGAGCGCUGAUGGAGGUGAUGCAGAGAAGGAAGGCUAUUCACUCUUCAGACGAGGACGAUGACGAUGAAGAUGACGAGGACUUUGAGGAGGAUGACGAAUGGGACGAUUAGCGAUUUCCUCUUUUUUUUCUUUUUUUUUUCUCCCCUUCCUAUCCCUCUGGAUGACUAUGACACUAAAAUUGUUCUCGUCUUUCUAAAAAGAAAUCUUUAAUUUCAAAAUGAUAAAUAUAAAUGUUCUAUCAAUUUGCUGUAUAUUUUUGUUGCCUUUAUGCUUUAUUUUUUUUAUUUUUAUUAAUCUGUGCAAUACCUCAUUUAACCUGUAAAUGUUUGUCACUCUCAUAUCUUAGGUUUUUUCGUCACGUCUGUUCCUUGUUGGCUCCUUUUCCGUCUCUGGACAGUAAAAUGUCUCAUCUGUCAUUUUAACUGUGUCCUUCCCACGUCCCCGACCCUGUGAUGUCAAUCACCUCCAUCUGUCACUCAGCCUCCCGUCGCACAUGUUCCCUCCCUCUCUCAUUCCCCGGUCCUUGAAUCAACAUGUGCAAUUUUACAUCAAGUUGUCUCUUGAACCUUAGAAUUUAAGGUUUUUUUGUUUGUUUUUUAUUCUUAAUUAUUUUCUUUGUUUCAUGUUUCCUUUGGUCAGUGAUUGAAGGGGAGGGCUUUACGAAACCAGUUGCCACAAAUCCUUCAUAAAUCGUGUCCUCGUUGUCCAUCAGGAAGAGAAAAAGAAACUAUUUUCAUACCCUGUUGCUCUGUAGUUUAUUUUUACUUAAUCAAAUGAUCCUAGUUUAGCACUCGUAUUUUCUUAAAACAAAGAAGAAGAAAAGAAAUGGAAAUAUUUAGCUCUGUUUUCUGUCGACUGUAAAUUUGCUCCAGAGUUUUGAGUCUCGUUAUAUUUUUGCACACAGCGUGAAAGUGGAGACUCACUACAGGACAUUUCCAGGUCUGUGUUUGGAACAUGGACGCGCUUUAGGAAAUGAGGCAAAGACCAUGUGGACGUCAAGCAUUUGAAACCGUUAUCUCACCACACUACAUGCAGUGAACACAAGGGGGCAGCCUACGUCAUGUCUGCCUACCGAUUGUGAAUUCUAGUUCUCUUUUUUUUUUUGUCAUUGUCACACUAUAGAUUCUACAGACAGAUAAAUGCCUGUUUGUUGGAAUCAGGUAUCUCAUCAUGCUCAGUUUGAGGAAUAAAGACAUUUUAAUUUUACACUGCUGAUGCUUGUAAUGGGUCCAUACACUAAGUUACUGUGCAGAGACAGCCAGGUGGUGUUGUCCCUCUUGUAGACACUAAGUGCUGAGACGGGGACAAUCGUUGGGUUCAUGGCAUUAUUCACUAAGUAUCGACAGUGACUUGGCUAAGCAGUGCGGGAUGAGGUGUAGCAUUGUACCAGACAGCGGUCAUCUUUACCCUGCAGAGACCAAGUUAUCACAAGUUGACGUGUAAUUACUUUUUCCCCAGUAAUUCUUGGAAUAUGCUUUGUUCCAAUGUCGAUUUGACACAAAGAAAAACUAUUGCUAAUGCUAAAUUAUUUGAUCAGUAACAGGAACGGAUUAAAAAAACAUGGCCCAUAUCUGCCCCUGGACUACAAGCUGGCCCAGUGUGGUAAAGCGAAGACGGUAAACAUUCAUAACCAUAUUAUUUAAACAGGGUAAAUUGAAAUAAUUUAGUUUUUCUACAGAUUCAAUAUUUCAUUUAAUUAAAGGAACAAUUUGAAAAGUUGCGUGGUCCUGCUUUAAUGGAAGCCAUGUUGGCUCCACAGAACUCGGUAGUUAGUUGGUUUUUAACCUUCCUACUCGCUUUGUCGACCUAAAGCAGGUUUAGAAUUUCGCUCUUUUAUUCAACCAGACUCUUGGUUUAUUUCUCUUUGGCGCCUGAUAAUCCAAGACAUUGUGGACCAAGCAUUAGCACAAUAUUUAAAGAUAUUUUGAAGAAAGUUUUGCAACACUACCAGGGGCUGUGGGUUAUAAUAGAGCCAAUACAGAAAUGUUUGUCGCUCUCUCAGAAAAACAUAAUUGCGCUGAACUAUCUCUUGCUUUUCUCUUGUCAGCCAAAAGAGGCCUGUUGGUGUGAAAGUCUUUGAGAGACAAAUUGCCACUAGUUAGAUGUAAGAACCGACCUCUUGUGUCGGAUAUCAAGAUACUUUUUUGGGGGGGGAAAUAGAAACCUAGCCAUGUUUACGCUGAUGUUCACGUCUGUGGGAUAUUAAGAUGUGGAUGUUGGGCCUCAUCAGAGAGGCCUGACAAAUGAACUUGUACGUUGUACACUCCAAUAAAAAGGUUGAGAUUUA